CCUUCCCUCUCGUUUUCGCCCCAAACACACCCCCUCACACUACAACACUCUUCUCCAUCAUGAACAGCCAACACCGCAAGCGCUCUCACAGCGCCGCAACAGUUGCAAACGCCGCAUACCCCUCCUCCUCCUCCUCAACAGCCGCCGCCGCCGCCGCAGGCGCUCACAACCACCCAAACAACACCUACACACACCCCUACCACCACCACCACUCAGCCUCAAACUCAACCGUCUCCCUGCCCACAGGCACCGCCGUCCGCCGCGCUGGCUCACAUACAUCCGCCUCGUCAGUCAUCAUCAACAACAAUAACAACACCCACAGCCCGAGCUCGUCGACGAGUGCCAACCACGUCGCGAACAAGUCUAGUUCCAAUUUUUUGACUUCCGCGAAAUAUGGGGCUGGUGGGAAUACCGCCCCCGGCGGUCACGCGUAUGGUGCGGGGCAGCGGGAUACAUCGACGUCGGUUGUUGCGGCGGUUGAUGACGCGACGAGGCAGCAGAUGUGGGGCGCGUUGUGUGCAAGGGUCUUGCCGUUGUUUAGUGGGCAAGGGUUGAAAGGGCAGAUGGAGGAUCUGAAUGAUAUCGUCAGCGCCUGGCUCUCCCACUCCACGCCCACCACCUUCGACUUGGACCUCACCGACCUCUUCACACAAGGCCUCUCAACGCUCCCGGCAAAACUCGCAACAGUGACCGACGACGCCUUCAUCACGCGCGUCGUCGAGGUGUGGACGUUCUAUCUGGGCAACGUCGUGCCGUACGUGCAGGGCGUGUUUCUGCCCGUGCGCACGGUCUGGGCUGCGAGAUCCGUGAGAGCCGCGCCGCCAGAUGUGAGGACGUAUGCGCUGGUCGGAUUCAGGGACCAGAUCUGUGUGCCCAUUGCUGGGCGGUUGAUGGAAAGCUUCACCCGCCUGCUAACGGACAUCGAAGCCGGGCGCAAAGUCAGCGAGACCGCGUCCCGGCUCAUGCAGAUGCUGUGUCUCAUGGACAGUCUGCCGCACACCCCCGCCUCGUCCGCCUCCUCCUCUCAUCUCCCCGCGUCCUCGGAACACCCAACAACCACCGCCCUCCUCGCCCGCUUCAAACAGUGCCUGACGGGCUCCGCCGCCGCAACGGCGACGGCCGGGAAUCGGAAUAGUAUGGCGUUUUUCGUGUAUGGCGGCGAGAAGGGACGCGCGGGCGCGGCGGGGACCGUUGAGGGGUGAGGACAAGUUCGGUUCCGAGGCCGGUCUAAUAUUUUUUUUUUGGGGAG